AGUUACCGAUAGAUUGCAAACGAGUAUCCUGCUGGUGUCGACGUUACUCGCCCUACAACAAAGAUGGCAGCUGUACCAGAGGAGAGUAAACUUUCCUACAACUUCUUAGGGAGGUCUGGACUGAAGGUGGCCAACAUAUGUCUCGGCACGGUGACGUUUGGCAAUGCUGGGUUGCAGGGCAGCCGACCCGGUCAGGCCACAGAGGAAUACUCCCACCAGGUGCUUGACCGCUACGUCCAAUGGGGAGGCAACUUCCUCGACACCGCCGACGUUUACUCACAAGGAGUGUCUGAGAAGUUCAUUGGAUCCUGGCUCACAAAACAAUCACGUGAUCAAGUUGUUGUUGCAACAAAGGUGAGAGGAAACAUGCCAUAUGGGGUAGGUCUGAGUCGCCGCCAUAUUGUCCAGAGCAUCAAGAACAGUCUUGAGAGACUGCAGACAGAUUACGUGGAUCUGUACCAGAUGCACAAAUGGGAUGAUGGCACUCCUAUUGAAGAAACUCUCCGCACAUUUGAUGACCUGGUUCGAUGUGGGAAGGUGCGCUACGUCGGUGCCAGCAACGUGUUGGGUUGGCAGCUACAGAAGAUAGCCUGUACUACUGAGAAGCUGGGCAUGAACCCCUUCAUCAGCUUACAGCAACAGUACAGCCUGGUGUGUCGGGAGUCAGAGUUCGAACCCUUCCAGGUGUGCAAGACGGAGGGAUUAGGGGUGCUGCCUUGGAGCCCUCUAAAGGGAGGCCUUCUUUCUGGGAAGUACACAAGAGAGUCUCCCCCGACGACAGGACGCCUUGGUUGGAGGAGAGAAAAGGACGCCGGCAGCUGGAACACUGUGCAGGAGAAUGAUCAGAUGUGGGCCAUCAUGGAUGCAGUGCGGGACAUCGCCAACACACACGGUAAAUCCAUGGCCCAGGUGUCACUGCGCUGGCUGCUACAGAAGGAUGUUGUUCCAUCAGUGAUCAUCGGAGCCACGACUCUGUCACAGCUGGAUGACAACCUGGGAGCUGCUAGUGGCUGGACGCUGUCUUCAGAGGAGAUGGCACGACUGGACGAAGUGUCUGAACCCAGACAGGUGUAUCCCUUUGACUUGUGGAAACAUAACAAGUCUCGGCGUAAUCCCUUCCAGUCAUCGUAUCUCGUCUCCAACACAAACUGAUCACAGCACAAGCAUGCCAAGCAGACAGAUACCACCCAGCUGGUCUUGUACUGUGCCCCGGGACAGUGUGGCAUAACAUACUGACGAAGCGAUUUCCUUGGAAUAAAUAUUUAGCCAAAGCAUGGUGCAUUUGCUUUCGGUAGCUGAUUAAUUGUGUGCAUAGGCUGGUAGUUUAUACAUUCAGAAACUUUUAUCGAAACGUUUACAAAUAUAACCACGUGCUACGCAUGCGAAGACACGUGUUCAGUAAUAUAUCUCUCUUAAGAGAUUGAGUGAGUGAGUAUGUUUUUACGCCGCUUUUAGCAAUAUUCCAGCAAUUCCAGCGGGGGACAUCAGAAAUGAGCUUCACACAUCGUACCCAUGUCGGGAAUCGAACCAGGGUCUUCGGCGUGACGAGCGAACGCUUUAACCACUAAGCUACCCGGCCGCAACUCUUUCUUAAGAUUUAACGUAUUAUGUUAUUGGCAUAUGCUUACUCCGGAAACAUAAAAUAUCAUUAUAUUGUUAGUAAUAUGUUAUAUGACAGAUGUUGAGGUAAAAUUAUAUCUUAAGAUUGAAAACGUUUAGUAGACAUAUUAUGCUCUUAGCAUGUGCCAACUAAAGAAAUAUUUGCACCCACAGCAGUGAAAUCUGACAAUUAACAACCGUUAAAUUCAAAGUCAUAUGUUCAGUCAAUAACAUGUAUGAACUUGUUGGUCUGUUUGGCAAAUGGGGCCAUAUGUUUUUCCGGUGAUUCGUCUCAAUGUCUUUCACAUGUACUUUUAUAUCAGCAUUGAAUAAUAUAUAUUUUGUAAGAUGUUA